UAAAUACCUUCAUCAACUUCAUGCUGUUUUCAUCAAGUCAAACUUCAUAUCAUUUCCUUCAUCCUUCAUCUACCUAUUAAAAAACUACCACAAAAUUUCUAGACACAAGAAAUGGAAGCUUUGAGGAGAUUGGCUUCGGAAAAGCCGGUGGUGAUCUUCAGCAAGAGUAAUUGCUGUAUUUCCCAUUCCAUUUUGAUGCUAAUUUCUAGUUUCGGCGCGAAUCCGAUGGUUUGUAAUCUUGAUGAGCAUCCACAAGGGAGGCAAGUUGAGAAUGCAUUGCUUGCAUUAGGAUGUAAUCCGACAGUACCCGCAAUCUUCAUCGGGAAACUGUUUGUUGGGGGCGCCAAUGAGGUUAUGAGCCUUAAUGUUCAAGGGAAGUUGAAGCCAUUACUCAUCAAUGCUAAUGCUAUCUGGAUGUGAUCAUCACACAUCUCAGAAUUGUUGCAAAAUGAUCAAAACACCUUUAAUAGGUUUUUCUUCUUCUAUUUCUGUCCUCUAGCUAUAAAGUGAUCCCACUUUGAGUUGGUAAUGAGGAUACUAAUUGAAUGGUUUCAAUACCUUUUUGUGAACUACUAUAUUCAACGGAGCUUUGUUUGUCAUAAUUUUCAAUGAAGGAGAAUUGCUUAUCAGUUGUAUUAAGAUGUGUUAAAAGACAACAAAUAUAUAUCUGGUGAGAGUCUAGGGGAG